CGACUCAACGCUAGGGAAGCGUUGGGACCCAGGGGUCCUCGGGAGCGGAUGCAUGCGGCUGGAUGCUAUUUCGGGCGGGAGAAUCUUGAGACAACCUCAGAAUUUCAGCCAGGCAGCACAAUCAUCCAGGGGGGCUGGCGGCGGAUGUGUUGGCGCUGCCGAUGACGUCGGGGUCGUCUUCUCCAACUGGAGAGUACCUGGUGCUUCUUGAAGCCACGUACAAGUUUGGUGUGCUAUUCCGUUCCGCCCACACAGUUGGUUACUUUAGUGUAUUUGCGCAACGUGUGUUGUUUGAUUUCUACCUCACCAGGAACUGCCAAAGGCGAGUCUUCAUUUUGCCUCACGGAAGCGAGCGUCCUAUCCAAUGGCUGAGUUGUUCUCGGAAUUUGCCAGGCUGAUGUAGUGGAUUCGGUUUUCGAUGUAUCUGAUUGGUGUUCCAUCGCAUUGCAGUCUACCUGUACCUUCCUCUCCGCCGCUUGCAAUUCUUUGCACUAGUUCAACAUACUCCAGCCACGUAUAGUUUGAACGCACUUGGCUAUUACCAACACGCGCCCCAGACAUCUUUGUCCUAGCAGUCUGCCAGACUACAUGGGGUGUGAAGACGUCUAGGUGUUACGCUUCGGGCAGACGUGCAAACUCGUUCUCGUGUGAUGCCCUUCGCGAUCGCUUUGUCAUCUUGUCAUUUCAAGCUUCGUGCCUGUCCACCCUGCUGGUGGCACUGCUACGCUCGUAUACAGCAGCACCCGGCGCGAAGGGCGAGCCGUUGUGGACGAGUGGGGGAGACGCACAGGAGGCGGGCACCUCUGCCAUUGCCACCUCUGAUCUCCACGCCCGUCGAUUUUCGCUCAAAAAGCGUAGGAAACCAGAAGAAACGUAAGCUAUUGCAGAGCAUUCAGCAGAACAGGGAAGAGCUGAAGUCGAACAAGAAAACCAUCGAGAACUGAGUUCCGGCGCUCCGGCGCCCCCGCUGCGCUCUUAGAGGGCCGCGCCCCGGCGCGAACUGCAGCGUCCGUCCCGUCCCGCCCGUCGUUUUCUGCUCCAGGCUGUCGUCCCUCCUGCGCGCCCAGGGAUAUUCCUGUUCUUCCCGUUUCUCACGGCCCUCUGGUGCCCCCGCCUCCGCGUCCCGCUUCCACGGCCACGCUGGCUCGAUCGUGGAGGGGAUCCGGGGACGGCAGCGCUCGACAGCGUUUUCUGCGAAAAAGCAUAUACUCUGGUGCCCAGGCCUCGACCAGCGCCCCUCCGUUGGCAGCUAUGGGUAUGCUCAUCAUCAGCAUCGCGCUCAUGCUCUUCCCCGCAGGGGCAAGGCGCCACAUCGACGUGGCAACCCGCCUCGCCCCGUGCGAAGCCGGUGAGUGGGUGCCCCACGAGGACUGUUCUGGGAUCUGCGAUCAGGAUGGAGUGUGCAAGGUGGCGAGAACAUAUGCAGAAGUGGCUAAAGGCACGAAAGUUAAGGAGUUGCCGUGCACUAAGUGUGCCGUGCCGUCAGCGUCAUCGGAUGCUUUGCCAUGUGAUGGAGACUGGGUGCCGAUCGGCUCUUGUGAAGGCGAGUGCGAUGCGAGCGGAAUGUGCUGGCACAAGCGUUCGUUUGCUGAGGUGGCGAAGGGCGUUGAGAAAUACAAGGUCUCAUGCAAGUGUGAAGAGAGUACGGCCAAGCCAAUUACAGACGGUACAGACACCUCUGACGAUUCGUCAGCAGAGUCGCCAUUCUGUGAUGGAGUUUGGGCGCCAAUUAGCUCUUGUGAAGGCGAGUGCGAUGCGAGUGGAAUGUGUUGGUACAAGCGUUCGUUUGCUGAGGUGGCGAAGGGCGUUGAGAAAUAUCAGGUCUCAUGCAAGUGUGACGAGAGUAUGGCCGCGCCAAUUACGGACGGUACAGGCACCUCACCAAUCUCAGACGAUUCGUCACCAGAGUCGCCAUUAUGUGAUGGAGUCUGGGCGCCAAGCAGCUCUUGUGAAGGCGAGUGCGAUGCGAGCGGAAUGUGUUGGUACAAGCGUUCGUUUGCUGAGGUGGCGAAGGGCGUUGAGAAAUAUCAGGUCUCAUGCAAGUGUGACGAGAGUAUGACCGCGCCAAUUACGGACGGUACAGGUACCUCACCAAUCUCAGACGAUUCGUCACCAGAGUCGCCAUUAUGUGAUGGAGUUUGGGCGCCAAUCAGCUCUUGUGAAGGCGAGUGCGAUGCGAGCGGAAUGUGUUGGUACAAGCGUUCGUUUGCUGAGGUGGCGGAGGGCGUUCAGAAAUAUCAGGUCUCAUGCAAUUGUGAAGAGAGUACAGCCUCACCGACCACGACCACUACAAGAACCACGACGACGACGAGCACCACCAGCACCAAAGCAAGCAGCACUUCUUCUUCCUCAGAAUUGCCACCAUCAUCAACUUCAAGCACUACUAGCAGCCUGGCUUCUACAACUUCUACCACUACUACAGUGACCACGACGUCGACAUCAACUUCGACCGCCAGUUCCGCGUCGACCAUAACGGAUGAUGACGGGAGUCCCGGGAGCGCGCGGGCGAAUCGGGCGUGCGGCUUUGCUCUCUUGUUCUCGGCAUUGCUUGGCGGCUCGCAGCUCUGAUUGGUGGACAUUUUGAGAGCAAGUAGUUCGACUACAA